AUGCUAAGUGAAGACCCAGUCGGAAAGAUGAGUCACAGGGAGAGAGUGAGGCAGAUGAGUUUGUGGGACAGUCUUGAGGGGCCUCCACCUGUGCCCCCCCUCAGCUCUCCCCUGUCCCCGCCGGGCAACCACAGACACACAGGCUCCUCGCUCUUCCGGCGGCUCAGGCUUAAUCGAAGCAUUCAAGAGCUCAGGCACUAUCCUAACUGGCUUACAAGCUUCGACUCAGAAAAUGGCCCCUCUCCAGGCCGCAGCCCCAUGGAUUCGCAGGCGAGUCCCGGGCUGGUGCUGCACCCCUCGUUCCCCCAGAGCCAGCGCCGGGAGUCCUUCCUGUAUCGCUCUGACUCAGACUAUGACACCUCGCCCAAAACCAUGUCCCGAAACUCCUCUGUCAACAGUGAGGGGAGGUCACCAGUGACGAGCCAGCACACUGUUCCCCAAGCUACACUCUCUGAUAAGCAGAACGAAGUAGAGAUCCCAUCACCGACGCAAAGAGAAAGAGAAAAGCCCAUGUGUCACAUCAGUGGAGUGAAGAAGCUCACGCACAGCUCCAGCCUUUCUAUCUCUGCCAUGCCUCGCUUUGGCGUCAAGACCGAACAUGAGGAUGCUUUAGCGAGGGUGGGCUUCAUCGACUACAUCGUGCACCCGCUGUGGGAGACGUGGGGAGAUCUGGUGCACCCUGACGCCCAAGAAAUCCUGGACACGCUGGAGGACAACAGGGACUGGUAUCAGAGCACCAUCCCACAGAGCCCCUCCCCUCCACCACUAAAGGACAAAGAGCUGAAUGCCUGCAUGGACAAGUUUCAAUUUGAGCUCACACUGGAGGACAGCUCAGAGCCAGAACAAGCAGAAGACAAUGACAAAGCAGAGAAUCAUGUGGGACGGCAGGACAGCAGCCAGGGAGACGAGGAGGACGGAAAGAAGGAGGAGGAGAUGGAGGAGACUGAAGAUACUAUAGAGGAGGAGGACGAGGUGGCCAUGGAGGAGGAGGAGGAGCAGGAGAAAGAGCAUCUGGAAGUGCGAGCCGACAAGGAGAGACUGUCUGACACAAGCCCUGUAGAGGAAGAGGAGGAUUCUUCUUCACAAGCCGAAGAUACAUGA